AUGAGGGAGGGGGUGACAAGGUUGGGGCUGGGUUCUAUUUCUCUUCCUUGGUUGGGGUUGGGAGAUUUUAACUGUGUUUUGCGUCUUGAGGAGAAGAAGGGUGGUAUCCCAACUAAAGAGAUUUACAUCUCGGAAUUUCAGAAUUGGAUCUCUGAUAAUGGCCUGGUGGAGGAUGAUUCCAUCGUUGAGCUGAAGCUUGAGUCUGAGAGUGAUCUUCUAGAUUAUGACCCAGCCGAUGAGGUGCAGUUCACUAAAGUUGCGGAUGCUAAGGCUGCUGUUGAGGAGGAUGACAUUAAGGACUUCAUUUUCAAUCACUACAAGGAUAAGUUCAAUGGUGGCGAGGUUGAUAUAGAUCCAAAGCUUUUUGACGUAAAUCAUGAGAGUAUUUCGGCUUCCGAAAGUACUCUAAUGAAUGUUGUGCCUACUUUGGAGGAGAUCAAAGAAGAUUUUUUUGAUUUGGGGGAGGAUUCUGCGCCUGGCCCUGAUGGGAUUCCAAAUGGCAUAAAUUCUAAUUUCAUUGUGCUCAUUCCUAAGAAUGGUAAGUCUGAUGCUAUAAAAGACUUUAGACCAAUUGGUUUAAGUAAUUUUUUCUUCAAAAUCAUUACUAAGAUCAUGGAUACGCGUCUUGGAAUGGUUUUGAACAAGUUAAUUUCUGAAGAACAAGUUGCGUUUAUGAAGGGUAGGAAUAUUCAUGAGAAUGUAGCUUUGGCCUCGGAGUUGAUCAAUGAGAUCAAUGCGAAUAGGAAGUUUGGCAAUGUUGGCCUCAAGUGGACAUAG